UGUGGUGAAUGCGUUACCGUGCGUCCCUCGAUUGUGAUUGUACAUUUUAUGAUAAAAUGAAUAAUCUCGAUGUCGUCUUAGCAUUGAAAUUGUAACACGAAAAUAUAAAAUUAUUCUGUUACUGUUUAUCAAGGAGGAUACAGGUUUGUAAUAAAUUUAUGGUGCUGAUGUAGCAGGCAUAAAAAAAUGCUAUGGAAGACAAAAAGAUAAAUGUAUUAGCAAGAAACGUGUAAGAUUUGUGCACAUAACAUUUGUAUUAUAAUACUUUAUUUCAUUAUCAAGAGAUAAUAUUUUGAUAAAAUAAUAGAUAUUUUGAUAAAAUAAACUGAAAAAUACGUGAAGGACAAUGUGUGCUAUUACAAGUGCAAGGUCUUGACAUUGAAAGGAAUAUGCAUAGCAAAAUACGAAAGAAAAUGUCUUAUGAUUUACUUAUUUGGAGAUUGAUAAUGCUUGGAUGCAGCAUACAAGCAUUACUAGCUGUAUCUGAAGAUGAAUCCUUAGAAUAUAUGAGCAGAGAAGAACGGGAAGCAUUAAAAGAAGAAGCCAAGGAUAUGUUUUGUCAUGCGUAUAAUGCAUACAUGGAUAAUGCAUAUCCUGCUGAUGAAUUAAUGCCAUUAAGUUGUAAAGGAAGAUAUAGAGGUUCGGAACCAAAUAGAGGUGACAUAGAUUCUACACUGGGAAAUUUUUCACUUACAUUGGUUGAUACAUUAGAUACACUCGUGGUGUUAGGUGAUUUAGAGGAAUUCGAACGUGCAGUCAAACUUGUCGUCAGAGAUGUCAGCUUUGACACAGAUGUUAUUGUUUCUCUAUUUGAAACUAAUAUUAGAAUGCUUGGGGGCCUUUUAAGCGGUCACAUAUUAGCAGAAUAUUUACAACAAAGGGCCAAUAUAAUGCCAUGGUAUAGAGGUGAACUUUUGAAUUUAGCCAAAGAUUUAGGAUACAGAUUUUUACCUGCAUUUAAUACAACUACAGGAAUACCGUAUGGCAGAAUAAAUUUGAAAUAUGGUAUGAAAAAUGUGCCGAUCGAAGUAUCCCGAGAAACGUGUACUGCCUGUGCAGGCAGUAUGAUUUUAGAAAUGGCAGCAUUGUCAAGAUUAACAGGAGAACCAAUUUUUGAGGAGAAAGCACAAAAAGCAAUGGAUGUUUUAUGGAGAAUGCGGCACCGUGGCACAGAUUUAAUGGGUUCUGUGUUAAAUGUACAUUCCGGCGAUUGGGUAAGAAGAGAUUCUGGUGUUGGUGCGGGUAUAGACUCUUACUACGAGUAUUGUCUAAAAGCGUAUGUCUUAUUAGGCGAUGAAAAAUAUCUUGGACGAUUUAAUAAACAUUAUGAAGCAGUAAUGAAAUAUGUAAGCCAAGGACCAAUGUUGUUGGAUGUACAUAUGCACAGACCAAAUAUGAACUCCAAAAAUUUUAUGGAUGCUUUGUUAGCUUUUUGGCCUGGCCUGCAGGUACUGAAAGGUGACAUUAAACCUGCUGUGGAAACGCAUGAAAUGCUAUAUCAAGUCAUGCAGAGGCACAAUUUCAUACCAGAAGCAUUUACUACUGAUUUUCAGGUACAUUGGGGACAUCACCCGUUAAGGCCAGAAUUCUUAGAAUCCACAUACUUCCUUUAUCGUGCUACUGGUGAUCAUUAUUAUCUAGGAGUUGGGCGUAAGGUACUCAAAAGUCUGCAAACUUAUGCCAGAGUACCGUGCGGUUAUGCUGCUGUAUCAGAUGUUAGAACCAAUAAGCAUGAUGACGCAAUGGAUAGUUUUGUGCUGUCGGAAACUUUCAAAUAUUUAUUUCUGUUAUUCGCGGAACCAGGUGAACUGCUUUUAGAUUUGGAUGAAUUUAUUUUCACAACUGAAGGACAUCUAUUGCCGUUAACGCUCGCUUCUAUAAGAACCAACAUCUCUUCAGACUUCGAGCGGGACAUCGUACAUGUAGAUGAAAUGGAUCGCAUUUGCCCCAACAGUCUUCAUUUAUUUCCUGCAUCAGUGAGACAACCUUUGAGAAAUAUGGUCGAAGACAUGUACCCGAGACGUACAAUAAAGAGAAGAUUGAACCCUGCACUGUUUCAGACAAGUAAUUUGGAACAUUUAAAAUUGUUGAGUGAUAUGGGAAUAACGACUUCAACUUUGCCAGAUGGACGUCUUCAACUCUUACAUACAUUUUCUAAUGCAAAAACACCGCAGGAUUUAGAAGAAGGAUUAUUGUUCAUGCAAGAAAUGGUAGAGCUGAGCAAGAUCGAAUCACAAGCUAACGCUAAAACACAACCCGUCUCGUUUCUGAAACCGAACACGAAUCCACAUCAGAUAGUCAUACUACAGGCCGGGCCAGCUCAUUUUGGUUUACAACUACAAGGAUUAAGUGAAGUAACAGGAAAAGUUGCUUUUCCCUUUCCACCUUUUGCGUGUACUGAUCUUCAUAACGCGGAUACACUUGCUGGCAAGAUAGCGUUAAUGAGUCGCGGUAGUUGUACGUUCAUAGAAAAGGCGAGACGAGUUCAGCAAGCGGGCGCUAUAGCCGGGAUAGUUUUGGAUAAUGUCGAUGGUUCUAGUGCCGCAACGUCACCUGCAUUCGCUAUGUUAGGAGAUGGCAAAGAAAUAGAUGAUGUAAUUAUUCCAGUAGUAUUUUUAUUUAGCGUGGAGGCUUCUGAAUUACUAAAAGCGAUUACUGCAUCUAAUGGAGAUCUUGUUGUUACUAUUGGAAACUUUGUUCAGAAGAAAAAGAAAUUGAAAGCGCCUGCAGAUUUAUCAAUGUUCGAUUUCAAAGGGUCGUUAAAAUCCUUUUCUACGCCACAAAUGACACCACAGACAUCAAGCAGCGGGGCAAAUUUGGAUCGGGUUCCUGAGAUUAGAUCAGAAGGUGAAAAGGACAUUUAUAAUCUGCGAGGUGAAAUUACUAACGAUCUACUUGACAGGGAAGUGAAAAUUUUUGCCGCAUAUGCCAAUUUCAUUCUUGUGAUAGGAAUAGAGGACUAUAGCCCGAUCGAGAAACAGUGGGAACAGUUGAAACAAAUUUUUGUCAAUCAGAUAUACUCGGAUGAGAAAAAAAACGCAGGCUUGUAAAUCAGACAUUUUAUAUUAAAAAGUUAUUAUAAUUUGGUAGUACAGUCACGGGAUGCGGAUAUCGAUGUAUAAAAAAUAUCGUUCGCAGACAAAAUCGUACGGUUCUUGAAAUAAUUAGUAGGAGUCGUGCCGAAUCCGUCCAUUAUAAAAAUGGACCAAUUAAUGGAUUCUAAUAAGAAAAAAUUGCUGGAACAAUAUUUGUUAACAAAAAUAGAUAUCAUGGCGUAGAACAUGAAAAUGCUUACGCCUGUUACUCCGUAUAUUUGGAUAUCCGAAUAUCGCCCAAUUGAUUAAUACUUACCAACUGAACAUGAAUUAUGAAUUUUUGCAAUAAUUUUUACUGUGUAUUUACGACACGUUGGACGAAAUAAUUAUACAGCAUUUUGCGUUAUAAAAUAUCAAGGAGAAAAAAUAUCACAUCAUAUUGGCCUAGGAGGGUCAAAUAAAAUUUGAAAGAUAACCGAUAGAUAAAAAUUUGUAUUACGAUAUGGUGAUUGGUAACUGGAAGAAAUAUCUGCAAGAUUUUGGAAAACUUUUGACAGUCAAGCAGAGAACAAUAAAGCAGAAAUUAUAUCUUCCCGUCUCAAAAUUGUUUAAGGACGAUGAAGGAAAUAUUAAAAUCGGAAAGUUUGAAGAAGAUUCUGUUCGAAAGUAUUAAAGCAUAUUGCAGCAAAAGACACGGCGGAUAAUACGAGCAAAGAAAUUGCUGAUUUUAAUAAAUUGGUUUUAAAUGUUUCUUCGCAAAAUCAACGUAAAACUGACAAAUUAAAAGAGCGAAUUAAAUAUAAAAUUUAAGAUUUUACAAAAGCUAUAGAUUCUUUGGCAGAUUUUGUCACGAUUACAAGAAACUAUGAAAAUGUAUAGUCAAGUAAUGUCAAAUUUAAAGAAAGAAAAGCAAACAUGAAGAAGUUUUAAAAUGUUGGAAAAGGUAUAAGGAGAGAAAGAAGCAUUCAAAUCACAAUAUAAUCAUGAUAGUAACAUAAGUAUUGAGCAGUCGAUUAAUUAAAAUACAAAUUAUAAUUAAAUUCCAACUCCAAACUGUCUGAGAAGUUUAAUUCUAUAAACGUUCAAAAAGAAUUGCAAGCUUCCUAUUUCGUAGAUUAAAAUGAAUUAGAAGAUGGCCAAAAUAAUGAGAUUGAAAUUAAACAAAUCGAUGUACAGAAACGCGGGAAUAAACAUAUCGACGAUUAACUGUAAAAAUAAAGCUUUCAUAUUCUCAGAUUGAGUAUAGUUAUUAAAGAAAGAAGAAAAUAACAGAAAUUGAAUAAAUUUGUAAAUACAAGAUAGCUGGCAAUUCUAUUCAUAUUGCAUUUCAUAUUUUUGCAUUAAACUUGAACACGUAUCCAGCCAGUCAUGUUUUUAUAUUAUGAAAUUUGUUUUAGGCAAAGAUAUAAACGGCCAGAUAAUGGCAAAACAAUGCUUAAAAGUCUGUUAAACCAGUGCUUAUUAAAGAAUUCGAUUCUCUUUAUUAUACGAAAUAAAUUACUAAAAUGACAAGAAUAAAAAGAGGAAGAAGUAAAUACAUAAUACAACCUGCACAAAACACUUAUCCUAAUAAGGUUGUGACAGAAUAUUCUGUGAAGGCUCUAGUGAAUGUAAAUUUUCUAUACAUACAUCGCUCGAAAAUAGCACAUUUCUUGUGCACAUUACAGUAAAAUAUCUGCUUUCAAUUUAUAUGAGAAAUUAUGGACUCAUUAUUUUCAUUUGUAUGUGUUUUCAUGCUAGUGUGCCAUGAACAGAAAGAAUAUACUUCAGUAAACAAUGAGUAUUGCACUGUUGACUGUGCAUUUACAGUUUGAAUUGUAAACAUAAUUAUGAUUAGUAACUACUAAAAACAAUGAUUCAAAUUAUAAGUAAUGAUCUUUUAACUUUCUUAUAUCAUUUAUUAGAGUUCAUAUAAUCUAUGCCUUACAUGUACAUAAAAUUGUACAAACAACAAUGUAUAUAUAGUAAAGUUACCGACAAUAGAAGUGGCAAUAGAAGAAAUGUUAAUGACUUACAGCAUAAUUUUUUUUAAAUCAAUCAUUUGUACUUUUCUUUUUUAUAUAUGUAACACAAACAUAAACUAUAAAGUAAAAUUCUUAAUUUUGAUGUGUACAGAAUUUUUAUUUAUAAUGUGCCAUAUAAAAUGCAUAAGAAAUAAACAUGUUUUAAACGAAAUGUAUUUAGGAUAUACAUAAAUUAAUUUGUGAUAUAGCUAUGCAUAUCCUAAAUAUAUACAUAUACAUAUUCCAUAUUCGGAUUAAUCCUUUAGCAUGUACGACUUCUCAUUGUAAAUGUAAAUAUUAUAUAUAUGUAAUAAGUCCGUGUUCUACGAUUACAUUAUAAGUUUGUAUAAUGAAUGCCAAAAUGGACAUCACAAAGUUUAUUGUACAUUAAACUAGUUACUAUUUUGCAUAGAUUAUGCGAUUAUGUAUUAUGUGCAUAUAUACAUACGUAGUACAUAAUAUGUAUUACAUACUGAACUACUAUAUGUACCAAGGUAUAUACAGAUUUGUGUAUGUGUAUAUACAUGUAAUAAUAAUCAUCAUAUACAUAUGUGUAUAUAUAUAUAUAUAUGAUCCAUUUGUUGUUUAUUAUAUGGGAUGAGAAAGACAGGCAUAUAAUAUAAUGUAUGUAUAUGAUAUAUGAUACAAAUGUUUUGGUACAGAUGAAAUAUAGAACGUGAUAUUAAAGAAUGUGAAUAAAAUUAAGUGCUGCAAUGAA